AUGGGGACCACUUCAGUACCCACGUUCUUAUCGGAAGAAGGGGUACCGUUCAGAAGGCAGAGCGGAGCUAGCCCAGCGCUACCUCAAUGCACUCCCUUCGGGAACGCCCCCGCAACCCAAACAACCGCCGAAGCCGAGCUGGUAGUCCAAAUCGCGUCCCUAUGGAAGGACAUGGCAAGGCUUCAGGAACACAACAACCUUCUUUCGUCCAAAGUGGACGAAACCCAGCAGCUGCUCUAUCAGCAGCACACGCAGAACAUCCAGACAACUCACUCUUCCGAGAGCUUGCAGACCCCCCAUAGGAAGAAGAAACACGAGAAGGUAGCGAGGGCAACGCCUGCACCUUCCAAACAGUUGGUAGUUCCGGCGCCCAGGGAUCAGCCGCACAUCCCCAAGAAGGUCUACUCUGAUUGUCGACAUCGGAUUAACGAUCGGGAGGCAGAAAGACAGAGGUCUCCGAUCAGGAUUAGCGCUCGACUAAGGGACUCACGGAUGAAAAUCCUAGGAGACAAGUCGCCUAUCCAGAAGGUUAGAGGGCUGGACCCCGCAGAGGAGUCAGAAUCCGAAUAUAUCCCUUCCAGGACACAAACUUCCACCUACCGUUCGGCAACGCCUUCACGGUACUCAGGGGUUGAUCCACUAAACCUACAAAGACGAUCGGAAGAUUAUGGUUCCGAGGAAAUCCCUAGCCGAGACCCUGUUGUUCGACUCCUUUUUCAGAAAGUCCAGAAAAUGGAAGACGACAACGCUCGCUCCCAAGAACCAGAAUGGGGGAAGCUUCGGCCCGGACCAUUCACCAGGCGCAUCCGGGACUCUCGGCAGGAUAGGGAAGGGCAGCAACUGCGUAUACCGUUCUAUACGGGAACGGAGGACUCCUUAACACACCUCCACUCAUUUCAGUCAGCCAUUAGAUGCAAGGGCCUGAGCGAUGAAGGGCAGUGUCUGCUAUUCUCGUCUUCCCUUACCGGAGCGGCCCUGAACUGGUUCUACCGGUUGGAGCCGGAAACGGUAGAUUCCUUCGACGAGUUGAAGCAGAUUUUCCUCAAUCACUUCAUGAUCCAAACGGACCGCCUUUACUCUGCCGAUGAUCUGUACACGAUCCGGCAAAGGGAGGACGAACCUUUGAGAGAAUACCCGGCGCGCUUCAGUCACGAAUACUCAAGGUGUCCGGAAACAGACGAUAGGGCAGCCUACGGCGCCUUCAAGAGUGGCCUUCGGUCCUCGCAUUUUCGAUACCUAGUACACAGCAGCAACUGGCGCACGUACGACGAACUGAUGAAGCAGGCAGCAAUCCACGCCAAAGCUGAAUACUUCAACUCGAAACCCGGGGUUUCGGCACGGCGAGGGGAUGCCGAACCAAGCGCUUAUCCGGCAAAGGCGCCAUCCUACGAGAGGGUCGACCCAUACUCGGCAGGUCAUAAGAGGAAAGACGACCGUGCCGAUCGAAGAGAACACCGGAAGAAGGGAAAAGGGAGGUAUGGACGCAACGACAACCGAGCGCCCCUGCCGAAUCGUGACCACGGCAACGAGGUCUUUACCCUACUGAACACUACCUACGAGGCCGUUCUGAUGAACGAACAAGAAAUAAUACCAAAGCCCAAUCUGCGAAGACCCAAUCGGCAAGACAACCGGGAUACCGGUAAAUUAUGCCGAUACCAUCAGCACAACAGCCAUAAUACAGAGGACUGUAUAAGCCUAAGAAAGAUUGUCGAACGAUUGAUCAGAGAGGGGAAGCUAGAUCAGUACAUCGCCCGGCAGCCAACGGCGCCGGUACCGAAUUCAAUUCGGCAGAUAAACAUGAUAAGCACUAUCAGCGGUGGCCCCACCAUCGCAGGAAUGAGCAACCGUUCAAUGAAGCAAUACGUGCGCGCCGCACAAUUUCCGCAGGUAUUCGGCAUAGAAGUGAAUCGGCACCAUGAAAUACCGAAAGUUCAUUGGGAACCAAUCACAUUUUGCGAAGAGGAGGAAGAGGGCAUCCUCUAUCCCCACGAUGACCCGAUGAUAGUUCGAGCAGAAAUUGCCGGCUACGAUGUAGGACGAGUGCUGAUCGAUACCGGGAGCUCGGUGAACGUAAUUUUUGCCGAAGCUUUCCGAGAGAUGGGAAUAAAGGAUAGCCAGGUCAACCAGCAGUUGUCACCUUUGUUAAGUUUCUCUGGGGACCUGGUCCAACCGGUCGGUAGUGUAAAACUGCCAAUUACCUUCGGCACCGCGCCAAGGAAAACGACGGUAUACGAUCAGUUCCUCAUCGUUGACUGCCCGACAGCGUACAACGUCAUAGUUGGACGAACGGCACUCACCAGGGUCAAGACACAUCUCUCCCCCCACAUGCUACUGAUGAAGUUCCCAACCCCCAACGGCACGGGGGCUGUCCGAGGAAAUCAGUUAAGCGCGCGGACUUGCUACGCCACGGCCCUCAAGUCAACCUCUUUCAAAAUCCCGGACGAGACCAUGUCUGUAUAG